CGCAGGCGGAGGAAUUUCUCUGAGAGAAAAUAAUCCUACUCACGGGGCCCCUUGGAGGCCAUUAACCCCCCGAGUCCCGGCCCCCCCCUUUCCCGGGCAGGCCCUAUCGCCUACGCGCGCACCCGUGGGAUCUCAAGAUCUCCGACCCGGCGCGCGGCAUCCGCCCCCUCCCCGCUCUAAGCGCCAGGCCCGGCCAGGUCCGGGGAAGCUACCGCGAGGCGGCCGUGCCUGCAGUGUGGGCGGGGGCCGGGGGCCCGAGAGGUUCCGCCGCCACCGCGCUGGGAGCCGCAGCGGUUCCGAGCGGGGCCCAACAUGGCGGAGAGAGAGGUGGAGUCCGGCCCCCGAAAGAGGAUUUGUUUCCAUUAUAGGUUAUUACAAGAUAUUGAAUAUAGUUCCCUGUGCCAUACAUUUGAGCAGAAAACUGGUGCAGUUUUUGAUGAAAUUGUAGAGAACUGUGGUGGUAUCAUGGAUACAGAAAUGUCUGAAGAUAUAGACCACAACUUAACUCCUACCCUUGACAGCAUGUCUUAUGGAAUACCGAAUCAAACAGGAUCUGAAAAUUCAUUGCUGGAUGAAGAUGAUUAUUUUUUGAACUCUGGGGAUCUUGCAGGAAUUCCAGUCGUUGGUAGUGACAAUGAGGAUGAACAGGAUUUUAGUUCAAAGGACAAUCUUGUUUCUUCAAUUCAUACUGAUGAUAGCUUGGAAGUAGAGAGAAGAGUCACACAGCAUGAAUCAGACAAUGAAAAUGAAAUACAGAUUCAAAAUAAAUUAAAAAAAGACUUUCCUAAACAAUUUGAUCAGGUUUCUGUCUUUAAAUCAAUACGGAAAGAUUUUAGUCUAGUAAGAGAAAACAGCAAAGAGACAUUUUCUGGAAAGGAGAAAAAUAGAGAUCUAACUUAUCAUGAACGUGAAAAACGGUUGGAUAAACCCCAUAAAGAGUUGGAUUCAAGGUUGAAAAGCAGUUUUUUUGAUAAAGCAGCUAAUCAAGUUGAAGAAACAUUACAUACUCAUUUACCACAAACCCCAGAAACAAACUUUAGGGAUUCCAGCUAUCCAUUUGCCAAUAAAGAAUCCAUUGGUUCGGAACUGGGGAAUUCCUUUGCAUCAAAUAUUAGAAUUAAAGAAGAACCUUUGGAUGAUGAGUAUGACAAAGCAAUGGCACCACAGCAGGGACUACUAGACAAAAUUAAAGAUGAACCUGACAAUGCUCAAUACAUGUUAAAGAAAUUAAAAGAAGUAAUGGAAAAGGGGAGACAAAAUUAUCAUCAUUUGCUGGAGUAUAGUCAUGGCCAACAGCAAAAAACUCAAGAAGGGGAACUGAAAAUUAGCGCUGUGUUUUCAGUCAGUGGCAGUCCUCUUGCUCCACAGUUGACUACUGGCUUUCAGCCUUCACUGGCGUCAUCUGGCAUGAAUAAAAUGCUUCCUUCAGUUCCAGCCACAGCUGUUCGAGUUUCCUGUUCUGGUUGUAAAAAAAUCCUCCAGAAGGGGCAAACUGCUUAUCAGAGGAAAGGGUCUACUCAGCUAUUCUGCUCUACACUGUGCCUCACUGGAUAUACAGUUCCACCUGCCCGCCCACCGCCUCCUCCUACUAAGAAAACUUGUUCAAGUUGCUCAAAAGACAUUUUAAAUCCAAAGGAUGUGAUCAGUGCCCAGUUUGAAAAUACCACCACUAGUAAAGAUUUUUGUAGCCAGUCAUGUUUGUCAACAUAUGAACUGAAAAGAAAACCUGUUGUUACCAUAAAUACGAAUAGCAUUUCAACCAAAUGCAGCAUGUGUCAGAAGAAUGCUGUUAUUCGACAUGAAGUUAAUUACCAGAAUGUGGUACAUAAACUUUGCAGUGAUGCCUGCUUCUCUAAGUUUCGAUCUGCUAACAACCUCACCAUGAACUGUUGUGAAAACUGUGGGGGUUACUGCUACAGUGGCUCUGGACAAUGCCACAUGCUUCAGAUAGAGGGACAGUCUAAGAAGUUUUGUAGUUCAACGUGUGUCACAGCAUAUAAGCAGAAAUCAGCCAAAAUUACACCAUGUGCGCUUUGCAAAUCAUUGAGAUCCUCAGCAGAAAUGAUUGAAAAUACCAAUAGCUUGGGAAAGACAGAGCUUUUCUGUUCUGUUAAUUGCUUAUCUGCUUACAGAGUUAAAAUGGUUACUUCUGCAGGUGUACAAGUUCAGUGUAACAGUUGUAAAACCUCAGCAAUCCCUCAGUAUCACCUAGCCAUGUCAGAUGGAAGUAUACGCAACUUCUGCAGCUACAGUUGUGUGGUAGCUUUCCAGAAUUUGUUCAACAAACCAGCAGGAAUGAAUUCUUCAGUAGUGCCCUUGUCUCAGGGCCAAGUAAUCGUAAGCAUCCCUACAGGUUCAACAGUGUCGGCAGGAGGGGGUAACACCUCUGCUGUUUCUCCCACCUCCAUCAGUAGCUCUGCUGCAGCUGGUCUCCAGCGUCUUGCUGCCCAAUCCCAACAUGUUGGGUUUGCACGAAGUGUUGUAAAACUCAAAUGUCAGCACUGUAACCGUCUUUUUGCCACAAAACCAGAACUUCUUGACUAUAAGGGUAAAAUGUUUCAGUUCUGUGGCAAAAAUUGUUCUGAUGAAUAUAAGAAAAUAAAUAAUGUAAUGGCAAUGUGUGAAUAUUGUAAAAUUGAGAAAAUUGUAAAGGAGACUGUGCGAUUCUCAGGUGCUGACAAGUCAUUCUGUAGUGAAGGUUGCAAAUUGCUUUAUAAACAUGACUUGGCAAAACGCUGGGGAAAUCACUGUAAAAUGUGCAGUUAUUGUUUACAGACAUCUCCCAAAUUGGUACAGAAUAAUUUAGGGGGAAAAGUAGAAGAGUUUUGUUGUGAAGAAUGCAUGUCCAAAUAUACAGUUCUGUUCUAUCAGAUGGCCAAAUGUGAUGGUUGUAAGCGACAGGGUAAGCUCAGUGAGUCCUUGAAAUGGCGGGGAGAAAUGAAACAUUUCUGUAACCUGCUUUGUAUCUUGAUGUUCUGUAAUCAGCAAAGUAUAUGUGACCCACCUUCACAAAACAAUGCAGCAAGUAUUUCCAUGGUGCCAACUGCUUCAGCAGGGCCCCCAUCUCUAAGAAAAGAUUCAACUCCAGUUAUAGCUAAUGUAGUAUCAUUAGCAAGUGCUCCUGCUGCUCAGCCCACAGUGAAUUCUAACAGUGUCUUACAAGGUGCAGUUCCAACAGUAACAGCAAAAAUCAUUGGGGAUGCAAGUACACAAACAGAUGCCCUGAAACUGCCACCUUCCCAGCCUCCAAGACUCUUGAAGAAUAAAGCUUUAUUGUGUAAACCCAUCACACAGACCAAGGCCACCUCUUGCAAACCGCAUACCCAAAACAAAGAAUGCCAGACAGAAGACACUCCAGCUCAGCCCCAAGUUAUUGUGGUGCCAGUUCCAGUACCAGUAUUUGUACCUAUACCUCUUCAUCUUUAUACUCAGUAUACGCCAGUCCCAUUUGGAAUUCCAGUUCCAAUGCCUGUCCCUAUGCUUAUUCCAUCCUCAAUGGAUAACGAAGAUAAAGUUGCCGAGAGUAUUGAAGACAUUAAGGAAAAGCUUCCCUCACAUCCUUUUGAAGCUGAUCUCCUUGAGAUGGCAGAAAUGAUUGCAGAAGAUGAAGAGAAGGAGAAGACUCUAUCUCAGGGAGGAUCCCAAACUUCUGAACAGGAACUUUUUCUAGAUACCAAGAUAUUUGAAAAAGACCAAGGAAGUACUUACAGUGGUGACCUUGAAUCAGAGGCAGUAUCUACUCCACAUAGCUGGGAGGAAGAAUUGAAUCAUUAUGCCUUAAAGUCAAAUACUGUCCAAGAGGCUGAUUUAGAAGUGAAGCAGUUCUCAAAAGGGGAAACUGAACAGGAUCUGGAAGCAGAUUUUCCAUCAGAAUCCUUUGAUCCACUGAAUAAAGGACAGGGAAUUCAGGCACGUUCCCGAACAAGAAGACGACACAGAGAUGGCUUCCCCCAGCCCAGACGAAGACCCUCUGGCUCUCCUGAAAACAAGCCCUGCUGGCCUUCAAAACCAAGUGUUCUAGAGGUUUGUCUUCCCAGUUCAGGACCCCUGGACUGGGGAGCCCUACAUGAGACUCAGACCUCUCACUCCUUGGGGAGAACACCUGCAAUUGGACGGAAGAAGUCUAUAGUGUCUGUGGAGCCCAGGAGUCUUAUUCAAGGAGCCUUUCAAGGGUGCUCAGUGUCUGGGAUGACACUGAAAUACAUGUAUGGGGUAAAUGCCUGGAAGAACUGGGUUCAGUGGAAAAAUGCCAAGGAAGAGCAGGGGGAUCUGAAAUGUGGAGUUGAACAUGCCUCAUCUAGCCCAUGUUCUGACCCUUUAGGAAGUGCUCAAGACCAUGCACUCUCUCAAGAAUCUUCAGAGCCAGGCUGUAGAGUCCGCUCUAUCAAGCUGAAGGAAGAUAUUCUGUCCUGCACUUUUGCUGAGUUGAGUUUAGGCUUAUGCCAGUUUAUUCAAGAAGUGCGGAGACCAAAUGGUGAAAAAUACGAUCCAGACAGUAUCUUAUAUUUGUGCCUUGGAAUUCAGCAGUACCUGUUUGAAAAUGGUAGAAUAGAUAACAUUUUUACUGAGCCCUAUUCCAGAUUUAUGAUUGAACUUACCAAACUCUUGAAAAUAUGGGAACCUACAAUACUUCCUAAUGGUUACAUGUUCUCUCGCAUUGAAGAAGAGCAUUUGUGGGAGUGCAAACAGCUGGGCGCUUACUCACCAAUCGUCCUCUUGAACACCCUCCUUUUCUUCAAUACCAAAUAUUUUCAACUAAAGAAUGUUACUGAGCACUUGAAGCUUUCCUUUGCUCAUGUGAUGAGACGGACCAGGACUAUGAAGUACAGUACCAAGAUGACAUAUCUGAGGUUCUUCCCACCUUCACAAAAGCAGGAGUCAGAACCAGAUAAACUAACUGUUGGCAAGAGGAAACGAAAUGAAGACGAUGAGGUUCCAGUGGGUGUGGAGAUGGCAGAGAAUACUGACAACCCACUAAGAUGCCCAGUCCGACUUUAUGAGUUUUACCUGUCCAAAUGUUCUGAAAGUGUGAAGCAGAGGAAUGAUGUGUUUUACCUUCAGCCGGAGCGCUCCUGUGUUCCAAAUAGCCCCAUGUGGUAUUCCACAUUUCCAAUAGACCCUGGGACCCUGGACACCAUGUUAACACGUAUUCUCAUGGUGAGGGAGGUACACGAAGAACUUGCCAAAGCCAAAUCUGAAGACUCUGAUGUUGAAUUAUCAGAUUAAAGUGGAAGUGGGGUUCCUAUUUUCAUACACGUUGGUAUGCACCAAACUGUGAAUGCAUCCAGCUUUGGAAAACGAUCUAUAAGUCCAAGUCCUCUUGACUUGAUUAUAAGAUAAUGGAAAACAGACGACUCGUGAACCACAGUGUGGAUGUAUAAAUGAAAACUGAAGGAAAGAAUAUGAACUGAGAAAUGUUGUUCUUUGGCAGUGAUAUAGUUCUUAGACAUCUUCAGAAUGACUAACCAAUUUCUCUGAGUGGUGCAUAAUCUUAUUUUGUUUGGGAAUAACAAAUUGUGGAAUAUUUUUAAGGAAAACUGUUGUAUAAAACUCUACCAUAGUAACCUUAGACCUUAGAGAGAGGUAGCUUUGGAGUGAAACCUUGGCUGCAAUAGGCUACUUGGGCAAGCCCUAUGUAAAAGUCAGGAGAGAAAUCAGUACAGAGCUAAGAGUGGCAUCAAGAUGAGGACUGUGGGACCCAGACUUGAAGACCCAAUAAAAAUACUCAACUUUUUUUAAAAGUUAGAGAGUGAAGUGGUCUUGAUUUUGAUUUUCACUGCCAAGCCAAUUCUUUGAAGGAUAGAAGCCUCUGGUGCUUUUGCCAUGGGGUCCCUCACUUCAGGGAAAAAGGCCUUCACUGCUGUUCAUACAGUAAUGUGUCCCUUUCACUUUCUGGGUCUAGCCUUCUCGGUUUUAAGUCUGGAUGUGGGUAAAUUAAGUUAAAGGGGCUGAAACUCUGCAAAAUGAUUAUACACACAGAAAAUCUGUGGAGCCCAUUGGACCCCAAGUGUCUUGAAAUGUUCGUAGAAAACCCACUAAAAUGCCCAUUUCUCUGGGUGUUGGUCUUUAUUGCUGCUGUCUCACAGCAUGAGCUGUGGUAUGCAGAAAUGGGGGUUCUCCUCUUGUUUUCAGUUUAUCCUCAAAUGGCAGCUUUUCUCCCAUUGUUUUAUCUUCUUUCCCAAGUAAUUCCUAUUAUUUUGUCUUUUGUACCAGUUUCUGGAGGCCCUUGUCAUUUCAAAAAGAAGAGUCUCUCUCCUUACUCUGGCAAACCUGUGGGUGACUCCACAAAGACACAGUAUUACUUAGCUAUCAGAAUUAUGGUAGAAGAGGUCCUAGCGUAUUCCUGUAUAAAGCAUUGGGAAGAUGACCUUGUUGCCCUAAGAAACUUGAAAAUAGAAUUCUGGGGUUAGGAUACAAAGACAUUGACUGUCUUGCAUAUCCACAAGCAGGUCUUCUCAUAGCAUUAUUCCAGACAUGAGCUGUUUUCGUGGUUCUAGGAGGAUUGCAAGUCAUAGGAGUGUUUGCCAUAUGGAUCCAUCUCCUUCAUCUCCAUUCUGCUUCUCCCCCACAAAAUUUUGAAUCAGAAGCUUUUAUGGUGUUGGCCAAUCACAGAACUUCUUUAGCUGACAUUAAUUUGACCCUUUAAUAGAAAUGAGAGAAGUCUAAAAAGCCUCUUAGAAAUUUUAACCUUGAACGACUUCACACUACGUCCCAUUUUUUAGAUGGGGGUGACAGGUGGUUUUUGUUUUUUUGUUUUUUGUUUUCCAAUAAAUAAACUCAUUUAACUACAAUAAUUUAAAAGUAGGCCUUUUAACAUUGUGUACUUAAUGGUUCUGUCCCUCUGCCUGUAACAAAUCUUGUUUUUGUUACCAAAAACUAUGUGAAAGAAGUAAAUCUGCCCCAGUUCUGUAUGAUUAAUUCCAUCU